AUGUUGCUUGUGUGCAUGGGUCGCGUGCACGCUCCGGGGAAGGGCCUGUCCCAGUCAGCCUUGCCCUCUAGACGCAGUGUGCCCACAUAGUUAAAACUUACUUCUGAUGGUGUAAAGGAACAGAUCUACAAACUGGCUAAGAAAGGUCUGACUCCCUCACAGAUGGGUGUAAUCCUAAGGGACUCUCAUGGUGUUACCCAAGUUUGUUUUGUCACUGGCAACAAAAUUUUAAGGAUCCUUAAGUCCAAGGGACUUGUCCCAGACCUUCCAGAGGAUCUGUACCACUUGAUCAAGAAAGCUGUUGCUGUUCGUAAACAUCUUGAGAGAAACAGAAAGGAAAAAGAUGCCAAAUUUCGUCUGAUUCUGAUUGAGAGCAGAAUUCACAGGCUGGCUUGUUACUACAAGACCAAGAGAGUACUCCCACCCAACUGGAAGUACGAGUCAUCCACUGCCUCUGCUCUGGUCGCAUAAUAGUUCACUCUUCUUUUCAUUGAAAGAAUAAAGUCACAUUAAAGA